CUUAACAAUGAGAUGAGCAGGAGAGGUGCAGGAAAGAGAGGGGGCAAAAAGUGAGAGAUCUGCCCCAAUCCCACACUGGACAUUUUACCAAACUGAUCUCUUCGACUAGGAUUAGUAUUAUCACUAUUAUUAUUAUUUUUUUUGGAAAACUCAUUUUAUUAACUAGCUCCCCUUGAGUUUAGUUGACCAUGGAAAUCGAGAAGGAAGUAAAAAAGAUGACCCUGGGCCAUGAGAUAGGAGCCGGAGCAGCGUGUCUGAAAUGCAAGGACAAGUGCGAGGGCUUUGAACUUCACUUCUGGAGAAAGAUCUGCCGCAACUGCAAGUGCGGGCUAGAGGAUCACGAUGUGCAAAUGCAGACGGAAGAGAACCAGAAGGUGGGGCGGCUUUUCGAAGACACCAAGUACACGAGCCUCAUAGCCAAGCUGAAGAGAGACGGAGUGCCUUCGUACCAAGGCAACCAGCUCACCAUAACCAUCAGCUCGCCUGCUAUUGGUACAGCGGUACCUGUUCCAGUGGCUGGUAUUGCGGGUACAGUGAGUCCUGCCAAUUCCCAAGGUGUCCCCGGCCACGGCGGCCCGUCUGUCCCCGGGAACGGCGGUCCGUCUGUCCCCGGCCCCGGCGACCCGUCUGUCGGCGGCCAGUCUGUCCCCAGCCAAGGCCGACCCUCUGUCCCCGGCAAGGGCGCUCCCACUGCCCCUGGCAAGGGUGCUCCCUCUGCUGCAGGCCAAGGUUUCCCCUCUGUCCCUGGUGCCUCUUUUGCCGCAGGUCACGGUAUCCCUUCUGCUGCCCCUGUUGCUCCUGCCAUCACUCCUGCUGCUGUGGCAGCCAAAAAGGAUGUGGUGAAAGCGGUCACCUACGAUUGGGCUCCUCCUGGGGUUGACCAGAAAUUGGCUCUGCGUUACAUGGAGCUGCUGCCACCAGAGCGGCGGCCCAUAGCAGGCACGCAGGGAGCAGAUUAUCGCAAGAAGCAGAUGGCCAAACAGCUACCAGAGCACGACCAGGACCCAGUGCUCUGCCACGAGCUCUCACCUGGUGAGGUCAAACAAAUGCAGCAGUAUGUGCGCAAGUACAAGGAUGAGGCUCUGGGGAUCGGAGACCUGACCCUCCCGGAGGAGAUCGGCGCUCAUGCAGGAGCCCUUCAGAGCCCUAGCACUGGAGCCAAGCCUGGAGCACCCGGGGACCAGGGCACGGCCGCCGUGGGGAAGGUCGGGAUCCCAGGGGCAGUAGGAGCUGUAAGCGGGGCUGGUCCUGCUGGUAACUACGCCUGUCAUCACUGCCAGCGUGUCAUGAACCGUGGCGACCCGGCUGUUUACGCAGAACGCGCCGGCUACGACAAGCUCUGGCACCCGGGAUGCUUCGUGUGCUGCACCUGCAACGAGCUCCUAGUGGAUAUGAUCUACUUCUGGAAGAAGGGCAAGCUGUACUGCGGACGCCAUUACGGAGACAGCGAGAAGCCCCGAUGUGCCGGCUGUGACGAGCUCAUCUUCAGCAACGAGUACACUCAGGCUGAGGGACAGAACUGGCACCUGAAGCACUUCUGCUGCUUCGACUGUGAUUGUGUUCUGGCUGGAGAAACCUACGUCAUGGAGAACAACAAGCCGGUGUGCCAGCCAUGCUACAUGAAGAACCAUGCUGUGCACUGCACGUCGUGUAAGAAGCCGAUCGAGCCCGAGGCACAGCGCGUGUCCUACGGCGAGCACCACUGGCAUGCCGAGCCUCAGUGUUUUCAGUGCUCGGGCUGCUCCAAGUGUCUCGUGGGUCAGCGCUUCAUGGCCCUGCAGGGGAAACUGGUCUGCUCUGUCGAGUGCAAGAAGAAGGUCAUGGUGCCGUAGAGAACAUCUGCACGACCAAGCUACACGACCAAGUCCUCACUUUAUAACCACUGUUUAUAACCACUGUUUCAAAUUGUUUUCAGCAAGCACUUGUUGUUUUUCUUUUCCUUUCUGGUAAUUUAGCUUAAUAAUAGUGUUCAUAUUAACACAAGAUCUUCAAAGCCGUGCGUGGUUUUGAAUACGGCAGCCUGCAGGUAGGCAGCGAUACAGUAAAUGUAAAUCAGCUGAGAGAGACAGAUUGCCUUUGGUAAUGGUCUACACACCGCCCUCACACUGUACACCACACGUCUCUGUCCUGCUGCUGUCCCCAUCCAACCCAGUAUUACACCAAAUCUGAUCUCCCAGACUCGGUCAUUUUUUCAAGCAAUAAAAUCGCACUUUAUUUUGUUUUUGUUUUGUCUUUUUUUUUUUUUUUUGUUAUCUCCAUUGUCUUGGCCUUGUAAUGUAAUAAAUAAUUUGCAAGAAAAAUUGCGCAAUUGGUCCUCCUUGCUGUCUUUUUAAAAAUAACUAACUAGCCUAGCUUGCUCUCUGGAUUAGUGUAGCUUGGUGUAACUCUUGUGACGAGGAGGUUGUUCGGCUUCUUUGUAGCUUUUCGAGGCAGAAAAUCAAGAGAAGUCGAGCUGUCUGUGCGAAUCGACUGAAUGCAUCUGCAGGUAAAGUGAGACGGCACAUCAGGUAGCUGUAAAUACACGCGCUGUUAUUUUGCCGAUUAAAUAUUUGUCGUUAAUCUUUGAUUUGUUCGACAACAAGGCUAAAUAAGGCACAAGACAUGUUGUCCAAACAUUCUUGUUUUUUUUCCCCCCUUUUUUUCUGGUUUGCUGCCAACUUGCAACCUGAUUGGUUACAAGGUAAAAAACUUUCUUAGAAAGGAAUAUGAGAAGAAGGCACGCCGGCGGAGGCAGUGUGAUGCUCUGGGCAAUGUUCUGCUGGGAAACCUUGGGCACUGGCAUUCAUGUGGAUGUUACUUUGACACGUACCGCCUAUCUAAACGUUGUUGAAGUACACCUCUUCAUGGCAAUGGUAUUCACUAAUGGCAGUGGCCUCUUUCAGGUGGAUAAUGCUGAAAAUUUGUUCAGGAAUGGUUUGAGGAACAUGACCAAGAGCUCAAGGUGUUGACUUGGCUUCCAAAUCUCAAUCCGAUCGAGCAUCUGUGGGAUGUGCAGGCCAAACAUGUUCGAUCAAUGGGGGCCCCACCUCGCAACUUACAGGACUUAAAGGAUCCGUUGUUAACGUCUUGGUGCCAGAUACCACAGCACACCUUCAGAGGUCUUGUGGAGUCCAUGCCUCGACGGGUCACAGCUGUUUUGGUGGCACAAGCCGGACCUACACAAUAUUAGG